GAGGAGGAGGUUAUACAAUUUAAAAUUUAUCUAGAUGUUGGUCUUAUGAAACAGGAGUAUGUCUAGGACAAAAUAUUGAUGAAGUAAUAAAUUCAUUAAAUAUAGCCUAUUCCUGUUCAUGAUAUAUUACAAUAAUUAUUUAGGAGAUUAUCAUUUACAUUUUCCAAUCUAAGAAAAUGUAGAAAAUAAAAACAAGGUUGAAGACUUAAACAAAAUUGUAUCAUAGGUUUAUGAUCAUCUCAAAAAUUUAGAAAAUUCACCUGGAAUUCAUUUUCAUUAUGUCCCCUAUUCAUUCUACCCAAAUAUGGAUUUAGAAAAUGAUGAAGAUGAUUAAAUAAGUAUAGAUGAUAUCUACUACUAGAAAUGGAUUAAAAAUAAGAAAUAUCUUUAGGUGAAUUGGAAUAAGAAUUAG